AUGGAUCCCUACUCAGCAGAAGGAGAGCUGGUAAACAUGCACACAACCUUCAUCCAAGGCCAAUACCAGCAAGUCAUCGACUUCGACACAUCAAUCUUCAGUUCUCCUAACCAACCUUCCGCUCAAAUCCUCAAAUACCGCGCUCAACUCGCCCUCGGCGACUACUCUUCCGUCGCAUCUGCCAUCUCCUCUUCAGACGCCUCUUCCAACCCUUCUCUCGCUGCCGUAAAGACCUACGCAUCCUACGCUGCCUCAAACUUCUCCUCCGACUCCGCUGUUUCGCAAGCUGAAUCGCUCUCUCAAAGCCACAGCGAUGAUUUGAGUGUCCAACUGCUCUGUGGAGCCGUCCUCGCCCGCGCCGGCAAACCAGACGAAGCACUCCAACUCCUCAGCAACCACCAAGGCUCCCUCGACGCCGUCGCCCUAGCCACCCAGAUUCACCUGUCGCAGAACCGCACCGACCUGGCCGCCAAAGAAGCAAAAUCCGCCCGCGCAUUCGCUCAAGAUGCUCUUCUGGUCAACCUAGCCGAGUCCUGGAUCUCGCUCCGCGAAGGCGGCGAUGCAAAAUACCAACAAGCCUUUUACGUAUUCGAGGAGCUAGCUCAAGCGCCAGGCUCAUCGGCUACUUCAUCGCUGGUCGCGCAAGCAGUGUCGGAAUUGCAUUUGGGAAGGUAUCCAGAGGCUGAGACGGCUUUGCAGCAGGCGUUGGAUGCAGAGCCUGAGAAUGUGGUUGCGUUGGCCAAUGCAGUGGUCUUGUUUACGGCGCAGGGGGAUGUGGAGAGGGCUGCUGAGAUGAAGGGCAGAUUGCAAAAGGCAAAGGGUGGUGAAGAGUCAGAGUUGUUGCAGGGAUUGGCUGCUAAGAAGGAGGCUUUCGAUGCUGCUUGCGAAAAAUAUCAGCCCAAGUUUGAGCCUUGA